UAUUAAAUAAAAAUGUGUAAAAGUAUGCUUCUAAGGACUCACAGUGCAAACUUGCGCAUUUUACUGUGUAUAACGAUUUUUGUACUGAGCAUAAGUAUCUGUGUCUCUCAAAGUUAUUAUGACGAUCUUUACGCCAAACGUCGCGCAGCAUAUGCUUACCGCAAUCCCGUACAAGUACAACAAAUAUCUAAUCGUUUACCAAAUAGCAAUAUUUUGAGCAGUAGUUAUACUAAACCAGAACAGAGUACGAGUACCAGCGUCAAAGCGUCAACAGCCAACACGCGUGGCAAAUACCGUGUCAGCAGAGCUGACGCAGAAAAUGCCAAAUUCGCAGGUGCCAAUAAUCAAGAAGCAGUAGAUGAAUCACCCAAAACAUUACAUCUUAAACGUAGAAAACUUAGUCGUUUUCGUCCGUAUUUAAAUCCAUGCUAUCCCUAUGGACGAGAUGCACCCGCUGCUGAUGAUGCUAACACAACGCCAGCGCCUAAGGAACAAGGACGUUUCUUGUGGGACUUAAAUGUAUAUAAUGUGUAUCCAAACAGUUAUGGUGGCGGUGGUGGUUAUGGUGGUGGUUAUGGUGGUGGUUAUGGUGGCGGCUAUGGUGGUGGGUGUGGAGGUUAUGGCUAUGGUUAUGGUGGUGGUUUGGCUAGCACUUUAGGACUUGGUGGCUUGACUGGUGGUUUAGGUGGUGGUUUAGGUGGAGGAUUACUUUCAGAUCCAGUUGCACCAGCUUAUCCAGCUUACGGUGGAUCGCCACUAAACACAUUUUUAGGUUUAUUUGCGCCUGGCAUUUUACAGAACUCUUUAGCAGUUACUGCACGCCCAAUAGCUGCAGCACCAGUUGCAGUUGCAGCAGAUCCCGCUAACAGUGAAGUUGAUGAUCUUCAAACGGAUCCUGAUGUAGAUCCAGAGUACCGGCCACCACCAGUUCGUAGACGACCAAAUCCUUACGGUGGAUCGCCACUAAACACAUUUUUAGGUUUAUUUGCGCCUGGCAUUUUACAGAACUCUUUAGCAGUUACUGCACGCCCAAUAGCUGCAGCACCAGUUGCAGUUGCAGCAGAUCCCGCUAACAGUGAAGUUGAUGAUCUUCAAACGGAUCCUGAUGUAGAUCCAGAGUACCGGCCACCACCAGUUCGUAGACGACCAAAUCGUGUAUAUUUUGAUUCUGCGGGAGCGCCCGGCAUCACACCAGCUCAACUUGUCGGUGGUGUUGCCACUACAGUUAAUGGUAUAAUCCAACAGUUGACUGGCAAUAUUCAACCAGUUUAUCAGUCCUACCGAAAUUCAAGAAGUUACUCGUAUGGUUAAAACGAAGAAAUAAAUUAAA